GUCAGCCACACGACAGCGUGCUAAAAGCGCAUACUCCCGGAGUCCUGCAGUAUCUCGUGUGUUGCCCGUAGAAUUGACAUUUGGUGGCUUUUAGCAGUCGACGCACGAUGAGUGUGACGAUGCCCCAGAAGCGUUACUACCGCCAGCGAGCCCAUUCGAACCCCAUGGCGGACCACACGUUUGAGUAUCCAGUUUGCCCACAAGAGAUGGACUGGUCCCAGCUGUACCCACAGUUUUUCAGCGCUCCCUCGCAGAGCUGUGCGGAAAGUGCCUCCGAGGCUGCGGCUCGAGUGGAGUUCGCCGACAUCGGCUGCGGAUAUGGGGGGCUCCUCGUGGAGUUAUCGCCGCUCUUCCCAGACAAGCUAAUUCUGGGCCUAGAGAUUCGGGUUAAAGUAUCGGAUUACGUGCGGGAUCGAAUCCUCUCGCUCCGUGCAGCCGAGCCCGGCAAGUACCAAAAUAUUGCCUGUUUGCGGAGCAACGCCAUGAAGUAUCUACCAAAUUUCUUUGCUAAGGGACAGCUCACUAAGAUGUUUUUCCUGUUCCCGGAUCCUCACUUCAAAAGGACAAAGCACAAGUGGAGGAUUAUCAGUCCUACCCUGCUGGCAGAAUACGCCUAUACGUUAAGAGUUGGGGGUCUGGUGUACACCAUCACAGAUGUGGAAGAAGUUCAUCUUUGGAUAGUUACACAUUUUGUUGAACAUCCACUGUUUACCAGGGUGGCAGAGGAAGAGCUGGCUGAUGACAUCAUUAUCAGUCGGUUAGGAACGUGCACAGAAGAAGGCAAGAAAGUGCAGAGGAAUGGGGGGAAGAACUAUCUAGCUGUUUUCCGAAGGUUGGAAGCAUAGCGUUGCCCUUCUUAAGCGAUGGGUAACACGACCCAACUAGAAAAUGAGAGACCAAAUGAAAAGAAAAAUUUCACAGUUUGUCUGUUCCUGCAUUUUCAGGUUUGGAAUUGCUUGGCUGCAGAUGGAACAUAUAGAUUGUGUCCUGAAAUCUAAAGCAAACUGCCAGGCUGCAUGAUCAUAGUAAUAUGUACAAUUGCAGUGUUUUUAAAUGAUUUUUUUUUAAGUUUCUUUUUAUAAAUUUGAUUUCCAGUUUAGAAAAACCUGGAAAUGUCAGCAAUCAGUUUUCCAUUACAUUUUUAUACAUGCUGUAUUGCUUGUGUUUUUUGUUUCUUAGUAAAUAUUUAAAAAAUAUAUAAAAAGAUUACACACCUAAAUGCAGAUAUAUCGAGACAAAGUUAUGGAUUUUACUUUGUCUCGACAUAUCAACAUUUAGGUGUGGAAUCCUUUUCCCUUUCAUCCCUUCUCUGGACUGUUCAGCUCUUUUUUUGUAAAAAUGUGUUAUAAAGGUUUCUUUGUUUCACUUUGACAUACUGAGAAGGGGAAAUUUUAAUUUUACCUCUGUACUAACUUGACUGCCCCUCACACAAGAGGAAUUGAAGAUGAGAGGGACAGAAGAAAAAGUAGGAAUGAUGUGGGAAGGGUUGGUUCAUGAAGAGUACAGCUAAAUUAUGGAGCACUGCAUUUUACAGCUGAGUCACUAACGAUUGCUGCAUGAAACAGUGCAGGCUUUGAAAACACCUGCCCCCAAGCCGGGUUGAAGACUAAAGGUGCACAAGAAAAGAGACGUGCAUUGACUACUCUUACUGCAUUGCUCGUUCACCUGUUCAGCAGAAUACACUUGGUUCCCCCUAAUCUGGCCAUUUUUUUUAACUUUACGAUGUUCUUUUACAGGACUCCUAAUCACGUCUCUGGUAACUGCAGAAAAUAGCUAAAGGCAUUUUUUUUUCUGGUAAACUUGAUAAAUAAUACAAAUUCAAAUGCAGUGCUGACAUGCAAGGUUUAGUUAAGUCUGAUAUGGCUUUGUUUACAGAAAAGAAUAGUGGAUUUAUAAGUAAAAUUAAACUCUGGAAGAAUCCUCUCAGUGUGGUGAACUGCAUGGUUUAACAUGACCUUUGGUAAGGGCCUUGGCUGGGACGCGACUGCACAUGAAUCCAAACCAGAGCCUGGAGUCAGGCACUGAAGAGCAGACACGUUGGUUUGAGUGUCUCUAUGCAUAAAAACCCACAAUAAAAGGGAAACUGUUGAAUGAGGCCCCCAGACAAUUUA